GACUGGGCCACUGCGGCGUCUUAAAGACGUUUCUACGAUCCACCCGCCAUAUAUAUUCUCAAAGAUUCGUCUUUUUGAAGACCACGGAACGCAGGUUGAGUUUUCAGCGGUGGAGUGUUACCUGAAGUGAAGAUUGAAGACGUGAUAGAAGAUGGACGACUACUGCUAUGCUAAGAUGGCGACGUCCGCUAAAAGAGAACAUGAAAGAGAAUCAGCGCCACCAACUUCCAGCAAAUCACCAACGGAGAUAAACACGAAAGAUGAAGAUAAAAUUGAGCGAGUUAAAGUUUCCAACAACAUAAUUUUGGAGACUAUCGUAAGCCCUGAAAAGAGCGUCGAUGAGAAAUUAGCCGAAUAUGUUGAAGAAUGUAAAGAAAGAGCCGCCAUGAUUGUUAGCUUGAAGAAGGCAGUGGAGUUCACAUCAGAGGAGAUGAAAGAAUGCAAAAGUCAAAUAAAGAAACUGGAAGAGCAAAACAAGCGCUUGUGUAAAGAAAAUAAUGAUUUGAAAGAAGAGCUGUUGGGGAAGAGUAAGAGAUGUGCAGUGUGUGAAGAGAAGACUGGACCACAUGUUUACAUCAACGUGCAGAGGAUUGGAGACGUCCAGCAGCUGAUCGGUAAUCCAGAAGAAGUUUCCCCUCAGUUAGGGGGGAGCUCCACUUUGAAGCAGGAGACUCCACAACCACCCUGCAUUAAAAAGGAAGAGGAAGAACUCUGCAUCACUCAGGAGGGAGAGUGUCUUCUAGGACGAGAGGAAGCUGAUUACACCAAGUUUCCACUGAGUAUUCUCUCUGUGAAGACUGAAGAUGAUGAAGAGAAACCACAAGUAAACAACCUCUUAGCUCCACUAUCAGAUCGUGAGGCUAAAGACGAGGUUGAAGAACCUUUGAGCAGCGAUACAGACUGUGAAGGUGAUAUGAGGACUCACACUGACAACAAACACUCUGAAUGCUCUACAAAGAAGAGAGGUAAAACAUGUUUGAGCUGCUCAGUGUGUGCUGAAAGUUUUACUAAAAAGAGCAGUUUGACUGAACACAUGAGAACACACUCAGGUGAAAAAACAUUUAAGUGUUCAGUUUGUGGCAAAAGCUUUUCUCAAAAUAGCUCUUUGACUCGACACAAGAGAACACACACAGGAGAAAGAACAUGUGAUUGUUCAGUUUGUGGCAAAAGCUUUUCUCGAAAUAGCUCUUUGACUCAACACAUGAGAACACACAGAGGAGAAAAACCAUGUAAUUGUUCAGUUUGUGGCAGAAGCUUUUCUCAAAAUAGCAAUUUGACUCGACACAUGAGAACACACAAAGGAGAAAAAACAUGUAAUUGUUCAGUUUGUGGCAAAAGUUUUUCUCGAAAUAGCAAUUUGACUCAACACAUGAGAAUGCACAAAGGAGAAAAACCAUGUAAAUGUUCAGUGUGUGGCAAACGCUUUUCUGUAAAGAGAACAUUGACUCACCACAUGAGAACACACACUGGACCAAAACCAUUUAAUUGUUCAGUUUGUGGUACAAGCUUUUCUUAUAACAGCUCUUUAUGUCGACACAUGAGAACACACGCUGGAGGAAAACCAUUGAGUUGUUCAGUGUGCUGUAAAAGGUUCACACAUAAUGCAGACGUAGUAAAACACAUAAAAACACACACUGGAAAAUAACCAAUUAGCUGUUUAGUUUGUGGUAUGUUGCUCAUAUGUGGUGACAUCCACCCUACCCAGGACCCUCCCAAAUGUAAAGAAAGUGAACAGUGUGUGAUUUACUGCAAUACUGUCGUCUUUUAAGUUUUCAUUUGUGCUUUGUUGAAAUUGUUCACACAUAGCACUGCUUUUAUUUUUCUAUCAAUACACAUUAUGCCUAGAAGACAGGAAGUAACUCAACACUUUUGAAUAGUUUCUACCUCAGUUUGUAUGGUUUGUUGAGUUAGCACAGGAUUAAUAUGUGGAAAUGACAAAUGAGGUACUUGAUACAUAAAAUAGUUUUUAGUAGAGAUGUUUGAUAAUGGCUUUUUUGCCGAUAUCCGAUAUUCCCCAACUCUUAAUUACAGAUACCGAUAUCAACCGAUACCAGUUGUGGAAUUAACACAUUAUGCCUAAUUUUGUUGUGAUGCCCCGCUGGAUGCAUUAAACAAUGUAACAAGGUUUUCCAAAAUAAAUCAACUCCAGUUAUGGAAAAAAGUGCCAACAUGGCACUGCCAUAUUUAUUAUUGAAGUCACAAAGUGCAUUAUUUUUUUAACAUGCGUCAAAACAGCAGCUUGGAAUUUGGGACAUGCUCUCCCUGAGAUAAUCCUGAUACCCACUACAACUAUGGGAAACACUGUAUAACUUUGACAUUCACAAAGGGCUUUUUUUAAAAAAAAACAUGCCUCAAAACAACAGCUACAAAAACAAUGAAGGCACACAGCUUCAGUCCAGAGUAUACUAUAAACUGGGCUUAAUCUGCCCUGUUCUUAACGUAUUCA